AGCGCUGAGGGCGGAUCACGUGACGCAGCUGCGGCUGGUAAAAAGCCGGAAGUUGCUGUCAGAAGUCCUUUCUUCAUCCGCCCGUCCUGCGAGGCGGAUAGAAGCCGGAGUCUCAGCGCGAAACAAUCCACCUCCAUCCGGCAAGAUGGUGAACUUCACAGUAGACCAGAUCCGUGCGAUCAUGGACAAAAAGUCCAACAUCCGUAACAUGUCUGUGAUUGCACACGUUGAUCAUGGCAAGUCUACCCUCACCGACUCCCUGGUAUCAAAGGCUGGAAUCAUUGCCUCCUCGCGUGCUGGUGAAACCAGAUUCACGGACACGCGCAAGGAUGAACAAGAAAGAUGCAUCACCAUUAAGUCCACUGCUAUCUCCCUAUUUUACGAGCUCAAAGAACAAGAUUUGGCUUUCAUUAAGCAGAGCAAGGAUGGCAGUGGCUUUCUUAUCAACCUGAUUGACUCUCCUGGACAUGUUGACUUCUCCUCUGAAGUGACGGCUGCUCUGCGUGUAACUGAUGGUGCUUUGGUUGUGGUGGACUGUGUUUCUGGGGUUUGUGUUCAGACUGAAACUGUGCUCCGUCAAGCAAUCGCUGAACGUAUCAGGCCUGUGCUGAUGAUGAACAAAAUGGACCGUGCCUUGCUGGAGCUACAGCUUAUCCCUGAGGAGCUUUACCAGACCUUCCAGCGCAUUGUGGAAAAUGUCAAUGUCAUCAUCUCCACCUAUGGUGAAGAUGAGAGUGGUCCCAUGGGUAACAUCAUGGUGGAACCAAUUUGUGGAACAGUUGGUUUUGGUUCUGGUCUUCAUGGAUGGGCCUUCACCCUAAAGCAGUUUGCAGAAAUGUAUGUUGUCAAAUUUUCUGCCAAGGGUGAGGCUGUCCUCUCUCCAGAUGAGUAUGCCAGGAAAGUAGAAGACAUGAUGAAAAAACUGUGGGGUGACAGAUAUUUUGAUCCAGCUGCUGGUAAAUUUAGCAAAUCUGCUAACAAUGCUGAUGGCAAGAAGUUGCCCAGAACAUUCUGUCAGCUUAUCUUGGAUCCCAUCUUCAAGGUCUUCGAUGCAAUUAUGAAUUUCAAGAAGGAAGAAACUGAAAAAUUGAUUCAGAAGCUUGACAUUAAGCUGGACAAUGAAGAUAAGACCAAAGAGGGGAAACCUCUAUUAAAGGCUGUGAUGCGUCGCUGGUUGCCCGCAGGAGAGGCUCUCCUGCAGAUGAUCACCAUUCACCUUCCAUCACCUGUCACUGCACAGAGAUAUCGUUGCGACCUUCUGUAUGAGGGACCUCCUGAUGAUGAGGCUGCCAUGGGUAUCAAGAACUGUGAUGCAAAGGCCCCCCUGAUGAUGUACAUCUCCAAGAUGGUGCCCACAACUGACAAGGGUAGAUUCUAUGCCUUUGGUCGUGUCUUCUCUGGUGUUGUCUCUACUGGUCUGAAGGUCAGAAUCAUGGGACCUAACUACACUCCAGGCAAGAAGGAAGACCUUUACUUGAAGCCAAUCCAAAGAACCAUACUGAUGAUGGGUCGUUAUGUGGAACCUAUUGAGGAUGUGCCUUGUGGAAACAUUGUUGGGCUUGUUGGUGUUGAUCAAUACCUAGUGAAGACUGGUACCAUUACCACUUACGACCAAGCUCACAACUUGAGAGUGAUGAAAUUCAGCGUCAGUCCUGUUGUGCGUGUUGCUGUUGAAGCCAAGAACCCAGCUGAUCUGCCCAAAUUGGUUGAAGGUUUGAAACGUCUUGCCAAGUCUGAUCCAAUGGUGCAGUGUAUCAUUGAAGAAUCUGGUGAACACAUCAUUGCUGGCGCUGGUGAACUUCAUUUAGAAAUCUGCCUAAAAGAUCUUGAAGAAGACCAUGCUUGCAUUCCCAUUAAGAAAUCUGAUCCCGUUGUUUCUUACCGUGAGACAGUUACUGAGGAGUCCCACGUGACGUGUUUAUCAAAGUCUCCCAACAAGCACAAUCGACUGUAUAUGAAGGCACGGCCAUUAUCUGAGGGCCUACCAGAAGACAUAGAUAAGGGUGAUGUCGCUUCCCGCCAAGAGCUCAAACAGCGAGCCAGGUAUCUUGUUGAGAAAUUUGAAUGGGAUGUCACCGAGGCUCGUAAGAUCUGGUGUUUUGGACCUGAUGGCACUGGUCCAAAUAUGCUGGUUGAUGUGACUAAGGGAGUCCAGUAUCUAAAUGAAAUAAAGGACAGCGUUGUUGCUGGAUUUCAGUGGGCAACCAAAGAGGGUGCACUUUGUGAUGAAAACAUGCGAGGAGUACGAUUUGACAUUCACGAUGUGACCCUACAUGCUGAUGCUAUCCACCGUGGUGGUGGUCAGAUCAUCCCCACUGCCAGGAGGUGUCUGUAUGCCUGUGUACUGACUGCCCAGCCAAGACUCAUGGAGCCUGUCUAUCUGGUUGAGAUUCAGUGUCCUGAGCAGGUGGUCGGUGGUAUCUAUGGUGUACUGAACAGGAAACGUGGUCACGUGUUUGAAGAAUCCCAUGUUGCUGGCACACCCAUGUUUAUUGUUAAGGCCUACCUUCCUGUAAAUGAAUCAUUUGGUUUCACCGCUGACCUGAGAUCCAACACAGGGGGGCAGGCAUUUCCACAAUGUGUCUUUGACCACUGGCAAGUCCUACCUGGUGAUCCAUUUGAUGCCACCACCCGCCCAUUCCAGGUUGUGGCUGAAACACGUAAGCGCAAAGGUUUGAAAGAAGGCAUCCCAGCUCUGGACAACUUCUUGGAUAAAUUGUAAAUUUCAACUACACAUCAUUGAAAAUCUGACCAACACACGCCAUUGGGUGGCUUUUUGAACUAAUUAGUGAAGUUAACAUUGCCAGAUUAGAUAUGGUAUUGUAUUGUACUCUUGCAAUGAGAUUCACUUUAAACAAAAAAAAUGGACAUCAUAAUGGUAUAAAUUAAAAGAAUGUUUACCUCGUAUUUGGGUUCUUCAUUGCAUUGCUGUGUCAAAAAUCAUCUUGUGCCAUGCUAGCUAUAUACUUGUUUAUUACUCUUCUUUUCAGACGGUAACAGCUUGUUGCCUGGUCUGAUAUUUAUUCAGUGCUUGGAAUAUUAAACUCAGUGCUUUCAGUUGGAGUGUUCCAAUUCAGUCUACAUUUUGAACACGAAACACUAUGCCAGUGUGUAUGGUAUGCACAGCAAGUUUAUACAGCAGUGGACUACACAAAAUUGAAGGUCAUUCUCAUCAGUUUACAGGCUGGAGGCUAGUGUUUGUAGCACCAUGGAAGUGAGUUUGACUGUCAUUAACAUUGUGGAAGAUAAAGAUGCAAUACAUUGUAUUGGUGGUAUGUAAACAAUAAACUUUGAUAUAAUUUCAGUGGCCUACUUAAUAGUCAGCUUUGACCAACUUUCAUAUCUACAUUGUCCAGCUGUUCUAUCUAGUUUUCCCAUUUAGCUUGUGAACCAUUUAAAUGUGCUGCUAAUAUCUAUACAAUUUAUUUUGAUGUAACACUUAUUCUACUGCUGUUCAUUUCUGUUUUGUUUCCUUCCUCAAAACUCACCCCUACGUUUAAUAUUUUGGAUUAGUUUACUAGUCCUGCUUUUACUGUUCUCAGCAUGUGUUGCAAUUUUCUUUUCACUUUAAGCUUGCGUUAUUCUCGAGUUUCCAAGUAUGAAAUUUGAGUUUAAUUUUAAUGGGGUGCUUUCAACUCCAGGGCAAUAGAUUUUCUUUUAGUUGGCAAUACUGUCUACGUUCAAUCUUUAAACCAGAUGAGUUCAAGUGCCUAACAACAAAUCAUAAGUGAUUCAAGGGUUGCUGCACUGUUGGACAAGGCAUUAAUGAGUGACGCUGUGGAAAUUGGGGGACUUUUACUUCAAUGAAUUGUCUAUCACUGUUAGUGGGAACUUGCUGUGUAUAAAUUGGCUACCAUGUUUCCUAAAUUAGUGUUUCAUUGGCUAAAUCCUUUUGACCUAUGUGGAGAUGAGAAAUUAUAUAAAUGGAAGUUCUAAAGAAAAUUAAAACAUUUAUGGCAUUUA